AUGGAGCAAAACAUGAUCUGUCCCUUUUGUGCGAAGGCUGGUGGAGGAGAGCUCGAGAUAUUGCUACACAUGGAGACUUUCCACCCCGAAGAAGACAAUUCUCACUCUUUCGCACCCGCAACUGGGACGCCGCGAGAGCAGUAUGCCGACUGUCCAAUCGAGGGAUGCAGUGAAAGCAUUCCUUUGGCAGAAAUCGACUAUCACAUGGACCUUCACCUAGAAGAGGACCGCCAAGUUGCUGAGAACCCUAAUUCCCAAGCCGUCAUCCAAUCUCGGCGACCCAAUACUUCAACUGUCGCCGCCGCCUCUAGUAGCCACCGCGAAUCCGCUGCCGAAGGUCAGAAUGCGAACGUUGAGCAAUGGGGAAAACUGCUGUCGCUCGCAGCAAAGUCGAAAGGCAAGGAUGGAGAGAAACGACUCGGAAAAGCAGAGUUGGGGAAAUAUGCGCAUGAACAGCAGAUGCCAGACUGGCUCGUGUCUCUUCUUCAUAAAGGCGGCGAAGUCAAGAGCGACGGGGUGAUUUCUGUUCUCGAGCAGCUCUUGAGCCAGAGCAAGUCCACUGAAUAUGCCUACUUGUGCGACCCGGCCGUGCAGCAUGUAUCAAAGCUCAAGAAAGAAGGAGGGUUUUGCGGCUAUCGCAAUAUUCAAAUGAUGAUUUCUUACAUCAUUGGCGCCAAUGCCCCUGGCGUGGAUCGUUUUCAGGGCCGACUGCCUACUAUAUUCGAGAUCCAGGAACUCAUCGAGAGAGCCUGGGACCUCGGUAUCAAUUCCCAGGGGCGAGUUGAAACCGGUGGCAUCAUGGGGACUCGCAAGUAUAUUGGUACUCCAGAGGGGUUCAGAGACCAGGAACAAGGAAAGUCUGAGGCCAAGCUGAUGAUGGCCGUCGAGCAGUACUUCAAGCAGGGAGCGCAUCGCCAAGGCUCAAAAGUAACCUGCACGUCACUUCCGCCUAUAUACUUUCAGCAUGCCGGCCAUUCAUUGACAAUCGUUGGCUUCGAGAAACAAAAGCAUGGCACUGCUAAUCUGCUCGUCUUUGACCCCGUAUUUCGCGAUCCACCCGCGCUUGCCCGGCUUAUUGGCCAAACUUUUAAGCAUAAAUCAGCAGAUGAAUCUCUCAAGCUAUAUCGCCGGGGCGCCAAGUACCUUCGACGAUACCGCGAGUUCGAAAUCCUGAGACUUGAUAGCCGAAUCGCUGUGACCUCGACAGCGCACAGUAGCUCUUGA